CGGCCUCUAUGAGGUCCCCUGUCUCGCGGCAAUGGCAGCGGCGGCGGCGCGCUGAGCGGACUGGGCCGGGCGGAAGAAGUAGAGCCCAAAGUGUUUCCGGUUCCUGUGUCAGUUCGAGGCGCCGCCGCCGCAGCCGCCCCAGCCGCGAUGCCUAAAGGAGGAAGAAAGGGAGGCCACAAAGGCCGAGCAAGGCAGUAUACAAGCCCUGAAGAGAUCGACGCCCAGCUCCAGGCUGAAAAGCAGAAAGCCAGAGUGAGUACAUCCCUGUCUACUCACUCCAGUGGCCCAGGUUGUCCAUUUCUGAAACAGGAAGAAGAGGAACAAGAAGAAGGUGGAGAUGGGGCUGCAGGUGACCCCAAAAAGGAGAAGAAAUCUCUGGACUCUGAUGACAGUGAGGAUGAAGAUGAUGACUACCAGCAAAAACGCAAAGGCGUGGAAGGGCUCAUCGACAUUGAGAAUCCCAACCGGGUGGCACAGACAACCAAAAAGGUCACGCAACUGGAUCUGGACGGGCCAAAAGAGCUUUCAAGGAGAGAACGAGAAGAAAUUGAGAAGCAGAAAGCAAAAGAACGCUACAUGAAGAUGCAUUUAGCUGGGAAGACAGAGCAGGCCAAGGCUGACCUUGCCCGGCUGGCUAUCAUCCGGAAACAGCGAGAGGAGGCUGCAAAGAAGAAAGAAGAGGAGAGGAAAGCAAAAGAUGAUGCGACUUUGUCUGGAAAGCGGAUGCAGUCACUCUCCCUGAAUAAGUAAGCGCCACCCGUGCAAGGAGAGGCCAGGGAACUGGACUGCACCACCAGGACUGCCGCUGUGUCUCGUCCGCCCUGUGCCCUGGCACUGCUGCAGCAGCCCCUCAUGGCCAGGAGCCCCCAUGGCCUGGGGCCGCCUCUUCACCUUGGCACAGAAAUUGUUCAGGGGGGUGGGGGUUGGGGAAGGGGCAGCUGCUAUCUUUUGAGACAGAAAGAGGCAGGACAGCAUUUCAUAUGUAACCAUUUGAAUGUUUUUGCUGUUUUUAGAAUUCAGAACCAUGGUGGGGGGUGCCUGGGAGGUGGGUCAGAAGAGCUAUCAUUUGUUCAGUAGAUUGCACAUUAGCGGGGGGUGGUGCCAGUGGCAGCUGCUGGCACAUUUGCAACAGCCAGCCCCAGUCUGCCUUCUGGGUGCUACUUGGAGAGGAGAGUAUGCCCUGGGUCUCAUGGCUUCUCCGUCCCUGGCCAGUGUCCUCUAACAGGUCUCCUCUCUGCCCUUCCCUGCGCCGUUCCCAUACAUCUGCCAGGGCUAGGUCCCAUUUUUAACCUGACCCAUCAAUCAUUUCAAGAAACCUGUCUACUGUGCAGCACCCAGGCAAAACAUGCUCCACAAAUUCAACUUGUAUAUUUGGCAGAUUAAACUUGACAAUAUCGUAA